CAUAACGCCCGCGAGCCGCGUGUUCACAAGCUGGAGCCAAGACACGAGGCGGAGUCGUCAUGAGCGAGAGUCUUGGAUUCCCAUGGACGCCAAUGGACUCCAGGAGGCUUGGCUUCUCCCUCCCAACAACCUCAGCCACGCCGAGCAGCCGGACUAUCUCAUUAAUUCUCCCCAUUUGGUGCCAUUCGCUGGGAAUGCCGAGCCACAUGGUCCCUUGGCCACGCUCAGCCCGAUGCCGAUGUAGCCGGCGCCAAGUGUGGAGUCUGAGUAGCGCUUGCGUUGCGCCACUGGAAUGACGUGAAGCCAGUAAAGUGGCUUCCCAGAGCUUCCGCCGCUGACGACGACGCUGUAUUAAAGACGGGCUGCUUCUCGUAAAACAUUUCCAUCCUUCAUCAAACUAUACACCUUUCUAUUCGGCACUCCCACCAGUCUCGAGACUCCAACUACACCAAUCCCGAAUCACCCGAUACCCAAACACAUACACAAUGUCUGCUCAGGACUACUACGGCGGUGGUGGCAGCAACCAGGGCUACAACAACCAGCAGCAAGGGUACAACCAGCAACAAGGCUACAACCAACAACAGGGCUACAACCAGCAGCCGCAAUAUGGCCAGCAGCAGAACCAGUCCUACCCCCAACAACCCAACUACGAUGACAACCGCGGCUCCUCCUCAUAUCAACAGCAGCAGCAGGGCGGACAAUACGGAGGCGCCCAGGCCUACCCCAACAAUGGCCAGCAGGGUCCUGAUGGCGAGCGAGGCCUCGGUGCGACCCUCGUCGGAGGUGGUGCCGCCGGCUGGGCUGCUCACAAGGCUGGAGGCGGCUUCCUCGGCAGCGCGGCCGGUGCCAUCGCCGGUGCCAUCGGUGCCAACAUGAUCGAGCACAAGUUCAAGAAGCACAAGAAGAACAAGAAGGAGCACAGGGAUGGACGCCCCCGAAACUACUCCGGAGACUCCACCAGCAGCAGCGACUCCGACUCGGAAGACGACCGUCGACGACACGACAACCGCGGCGGUCCUCCUCACCAUGGCGAGCGAGGCGGCCCUCACGGCGGACCCCUUCACGGUGGUGACCACGGAGGCUAUGGCGGACACCACGGCGGCCCCGGAGGUCCCGGUGGUCCCGGCGGAUACGGUGGUCCCGGCGGUCCUGGAGGAUACGGCGGCCACGGUGGUGACCACGGCGGCUAUGGUGGCCCUGGCGGUCACGGCGGCCAUGGCGGUCCCCGGUGGUAAUUCUACCAAUUUCAUCCGUCCUCUUGAGUCCAGUAUCGAACGGCGUUUAGGGAAUGCGCCUUGGGUGGCAAGCUAAGAUUAUGCAACUAGAUGAGAUACGUGAUGUUUGCUCUCGAACAACAUUCUGUUCGCCUAUUAUGAAUACCAAUUCCAUAUUUUUGAAGCUCAA